AUGUCUGUCCACUUCAGCUCGCGCUCCGCCGCCUUCCCGGGCCGCGGCAGCCAGGGGCGCUGGAGCUCGGCGCGCCCCGCAGGCUUCAGCAGCAGCAGCCUCUACGGCCUGAGUGCCUCGCGGCCGCGUGUGACCGCACCCUCCGCCUACUGGAGCCCAGGGGCCGCCGGCAUCCGCGAGGUCACCAUCAAUCAGGGCCUGCUGGCCCCCCUGAACUUGGCCAUCGACCCCUCCAUCCAGCAGGUGCGCCAGGAGGAGCGUGAGCAGAUCAAGACUCUCAAUAACAAGUUCGCCUCCUUCAUAGACAAGGUGCGGUUUCUGGAGCAGCAGAACAAACUGCUGGAAACCAAGUGGGCACUGCUGCAGGACCAGACCUCAGCCAAGGGCAGCCGCCUCCCGGCCAUCUUUGAGGCCCAGAUUGCCGGCCUGCAGCGGCAGCUCCAGGGGCUGCAGACCGACGGGAGCCGCUUGGAGGUGCAGCUGAGGAACACCCAGGAUGCUGUGGACGACUUCAAAAAUAAGUACGAAGAGGAAAUCAACCGCCGCAUGGGUGCGGAGAAUGAGUUUGUGGUGUUGAAGAAGGAUGUGGACGCUGCCUACAUGAACAAAGUGGAGAUGGAGGCCAAGGUGGAUGCCCUGAAGGAUGAGAUCCAAUUCCUGACAGCCAUCUAUGAGACGGAAUUGUCAGAGCUGCGGUCCCAGAUCUCAGACAUGUCUGUGGUGCUGUCCAUGGACAACAGCCGCACCCUGGACAUGGACGGCAUCAUCGCCGAGGUCAAGGCCCAGUAUGAGGACAUGGCCAAUCGCAGCCGGGCCGAGGCCGAGGCUCAGUACCAGACGAAGCUGGAGACCCUGCAGGCCCAGGCCGGCAGGCACGGGACUGACCUCCGGAACACCCGGAACGAGAUUGCGGAGAUGACCCGGGCCACCCAGAGGCUGCAGGCUGAGAUCGACAACGUCAAGAACCAGCGUGCCAAGCCUGAGGAAGCCAUGGCUGACCCCGAGGACAACGCGGAGCCGGUGCUCAAGGACGGGAGCACCAAGCAGAAGGAGCUCGAGGUCUCCAUGCUCAGAGCCAAGCCGGACAUGAAGCGGCAGCUGCAACAGUCCCCGGGUGUCCUGUUCAUCAGGCUGGAACUGGAGGACAGCUCCCCCAAGCUGCUGGAGGGCAAGGAGAGCAGGUCGGCUGGUGAUGGAGCGGAAGCCGUGGAUAUCUGACGACUCCCAUCCCUGCUUCCAAGACUGGGAGACCGACCCCAGAAAGGAUGUCGGAGUCGCUUCCAAUAAAGCAGCCUGUGUUAGAGAG